AGCGACAAGAGACCCUCGGACAUCCCUUCGCGAUUCUCCGGAUCCAAGUCCGGCACCACGGGCACGUUAACCAUCACUGGGGUCCAAGCCGAGGACGAGGCUGUCUAUUACUGUGGUGGCGAAGACGGCAUCCGUGCUGAUCUCAUGGUGACACUGAGCCUCAGCCCCCUGGAUGUGCAGGGCUGGGUGUGUGGGCAAUUGCCAGCCCAGGAGCCUCAGGCCCUGCAGCUGGGCAGGGAGAGCUUCUCCCUCAGCCCCUUGCCUCUCACAUGGGUCAGGCUCAGCUGCCCCCAGUGUCCGUAUCCCUGGGGCAAACCGGGGAUCUGCUUCGGGAGUACCAACAGUGCUUAUGGCUGGUUCCAGCAGAAGACACCUGUCACUGUGAUCUACAACAACAACAACAGACCUUCAGGCAUCCCUUCGCGAUUCUCCGGAUCCUUGUCCGGCUCCACGGCCACGUUAACCAUCACUGGAAUCCAAGCUGAGGACGAGGCUGUCUAUUACUGUGGUUCCCUGGUCCAGGCAGCGCUGACGCAGCCAUCCUCAGUGUCAAAGAACCUGGGAGAAACUGUCCAGAUCACCUGCUCCAGGCUUAAGAGCAGCAGCAGCUAUGGUGUUGGCUGGCACCAGCAGAAGACACCUGGCAGUGCCCCAGUCACUGUGAUCUACAACAGCAACCAGAGACCCUCGGGUUCCCUGGUCCAGGCAGCGCUGACUCAGCCGUCCUCGGUGUCAGCGAACCCGGGAGAAACCGUCCAGAUCACCUGCUCCGGGACCAGCUACAAUGUUGGCUGGUACCAGCAGAAGAGCUGGUGGAAUCGCGCCAUGGCCUGGGUCCCUCUCCUCCUCGCGGUGCUCGCCCAUGGCUCAGGUUCCCUGGUCCAGGCAGCCAUGACUCAGCCAUCCUCAGUGUCAGCGAACCCGGGACAAACCGUCCAGAUCAGCUGCUCUGGGGUUCACAGCGGCUAUGUUGGCUGGUACCAGCAGAAGACACCUGGCAGUGCCCCUGUCACUGUGAUCUACAACAGCAACCAGAGACCCUCGGACAUCCCUACGCGAUUCUCCGGAUCCAAGUCCGGCACCACGGGCACGUUAACCAUCACUGGGGUCCAAGCUGAGGACGAGGCUGUCUAUUUCUGUGGUGGCUACGACGGCAGCAUGUGUGGUGUAUUUGGAGCUGGGACCGUGCUGACCGUCCUAG